AUGGAGGGAACACCUAGAUUCGUGAUCAAGCGAGAUGGUUCGCGGCAAGAAAUAGACACUGAAAAAAUCAGAAUUCGUUUAGAAAACCUCAUGGACGGUCUUGAUAGGGAGUACAUCAAGCUUGACGUCAUAGUAAAAAAAGUAAGCGAAGGCAUCUAUAACGAAGUUCCUACUUCCCAACUUGACAACCUCGCAGCAGAAACCUGUGCAUAUAUGAAUAUAGCUCACCCCGACUACUCCAAGCUCGCAGCCAGAGUUGCCAUUACAAAUCUCCACAAGAUGACUAAGCCUAGCUUUUUCGAAGUAAUCCACGAUCUUCACACCAUGACUGACAACUUAGGUCGUCCUGCACCACUUAUCGGAGCAGACGUCUACAGCUUUAUCAGCGAAAACAGAGAAGCCCUUGAAUCUGCAAUUGACCAUACACGAGACUACAAUUACGACUUUUUCGGCUUCAAAACUUUAGAGCGCAGCUACUUGCUGAAAAUUAAAGGAAAAAUCGCAGAAAGGCCCCAGCAUAUGCUUAUGAGGGUUUCUGCAGGAAUUCACUAUGGCGACAUUGAAGCUUGCAUUAGGACUUACAAUUUAAUGAGUGAAAAAUGGUUCACCCAUGCUUCUCCGACACUAUUUAACGCAGGCACAGUCAAUAAUCAAAUGUCUUCAUGCUUUUUGCUACAAAUGCAAGAGGAUAGUAUAGAAGGAAUUUAUGAUACUUUAAAGCAAUGUGCAUUAAUAAGCAAAUGUGCUGGAGGAAUCGGGCUAAGCGUCCAUAAUAUAAGGGCUACGUCUUCUUAUAUUAGAGGAACUAAUGGAAAUUCUAAUGGCCUGGUACCUAUGCUAAGAGUUUUCAAUGAUACAGCCAGAUAUGUAGACCAAGGAGGCGGGAAACGUAAAGGUGCCUUCGCCGUUUACCUUGAGCCGUGGCAUGCUGACGUUUUUGAGUUUUUGACACUGAAAAAAAAUCAUGGAAAAGAAGAACAAAGAGCUAGAGACUUGUUUUAUGCACUGUGGAUACCAGAUUUAUUUAUGAAAAGAGUAGAAAUGAACGAAAAUUGGACACUUAUGUGCCCUAAUGAGUGCCCUGGGCUUAGUGAGGUAUGGGGAGAAGAGUUCGAAAGGCUUUAUAAUAGCUACGAAGCCCAAGGAAGAGGUAAAAAAGUAGUUAAAGCACAAGCAUUGUGGGCAGCUAUAAUUGAAAGCCAGACAGAGACCGGGACACCUUAUAUGCUUUAUAAAGAUACCGCAAAUAGAUAUUCAAAUCAUAAACACCUUGGGACUAUUAAAUGCAGCAAUCUGUGUACAGAGAUUAUGGAAUAUACGUCAAAAGAUGAGGUAGCGGUCUGUAACCUUGCCUCUAUAAGUUUAUCAAGGUUUGUUACUAGUAAUAGGACUUUUGACUUUGAAAAACUCUAUGAAGUUACUAAGGUUGUGACUUAUAACCUCAAUAAAAUUAUUGACAGAAAUUUCUACCCAUUACCUGAAUGCAGAAAUUCCAAUUUAAGACAUAGGCCAAUUGGAAUUGGUGUCCAAGGAUUUGCUGAUGCCUUAUUAAUGUUAAGAUAUCCAUUUGAAAGCAAAGAAGCUUUAGAAUUCAACCGAAGAGUUUUCGAGUGCAUUUAUUUCUCAGCACUAACUGCAUCCUGUGAGCUUGCAGAAAGAGAAGGAACUUAUUCUUCAUAUACAGGGUCUCCUAUCUCUCAAGGAUUUUUGCAAUUUGAUAUGAGAGGUGUCGAAGCCUCCACACAUCAUGACUGGCCUGGCCUCAGAGAAAAAAUUUUUCAAUUUGGAGUAAGAAAUUCUUUAUUAAUCGCCCCAAUGCCGACAGCUUCCACCUCACAAAUUUUAGGAAGUAACGAAAGCUUUGAGCCAUAUACAUCAAAUAUAUACACAAGGAGAGUGCUAGCAGGAGAAUUUGUGUGUGUAAACCCACAUUUGGUAAAAGACUGCAUUGAGUUAGGUAUUUGGACUCAUGAUAUAAAGAAUAGAAUUAUUGCUAAUGGAGGGUCGAUACAAGAUUUGCAUGAAGUCCCAGAAAAAAUGAAAAAAUUGUAUAAGACUGUGUGGGAAAUACCUCAGAGGACGCUAAUUGAUAUGGCUGUAUCCAGAGCUCCAUUUAUUGACCAAAGCCAAAGUCUAAAUGUUUAUAUUGUAGAAUUCAUUGAAUUUACUUAUGAAUUUUGACUUAUUUUAUUAUUAAAAUUAGCUUAAAUUCGGUAUUUAUAGGAUAUAGCAGAGCCAAGCUUUGGAAAAUUAACAUCACUGCAUUUCUAUACCUGGAAAAAAGGCUUGAAAACUGGAAUGUAUUAUUUAAGAUCCAGACCAGCCGCUGAUGCUAUUAAAUUCACAGUAGAUGUAGAAAAAUUACUAAUUUCCUCAGGCUUCAAUACAAAGUCAGCAGCUUCAUUUGUAGAGGAAAACGACGAAAAUUCUCCACCAGAAGGGAAUGUUUUGCAAGAAAAAAGCUUAAAUGCUGAAGAAGAAGUGUGCAUUUCGUGCAGUGGCUAA